CUCGCGGCAGUUUGUCGGUGCAGCGGCACAAGUUUUAUAUCUCUGUAUAUUCCUUGAGCGGCACUGAGAGUGUGUUAUUUCUUGUGCAUGCGAUCUUACUUCGACUAACUGAUGAGACUAUCACAUCAACAACGGAGUUCGGGACAGACGAAGUUAGAAUAGGUGUGACUGUCAGGAUGGCCGUGCACACAGACGGUAUGCGUGGGUGGGCGAUACUGUUCUCCUUAUUACUGAGGUAGCCAAGGACAUUGGAGACACAGCCUCCUCUGGUUCAGUCCCAGGCCUUAAUGCCUUGUACACUGUCAGCAAGCUCUUCCCCGGCAGAUCUGAAAUCGCCUGUAUGGUGGAGGACUCACAACAUGCCUGGCGCAUACAUUUGGCACCUGCACACUCGCGAAACCCUAUAUUCAAAAGAAGGAGAGAAUGGCUCCUGGAGAUCAUGUGGUGGACAGUGAGGGGAGAGACUGCGAGAGGCGCCGUGUGUCACACAGCUGCCGCGCCACUCUACCCUGUGGCCUUCCCCCUCAUGUCUUUCAGAGCUCACCUCGUCCCGGAGUACCUGAGUUACACCAUCAAUGCAGGGGAAGAGCUCCGUGCCAGGCUGCGAGGCGCCAAGCCCUUGGGGAAAGUGUGGUGGCAGCGGGAGCCCAUUCAGGCGGGGGAUGGAGGCAGACCACAUUCACUGCAUAUGGCGAGCUCGUCAUUCCUGCUGCAUUGGUUUCAGGCUCCGGGUUUUACUCCUUCGUCGAUGAGAACAACGUGAACGACACCAGCAUCUUGGGCACGCUGAGUUUGGUGGUGCGAGAGUGUCCCGCCCAUCGCUACGGGGACGGCUGCCGCGGCUGGUGUCCUGAUUGCAUGCACGGGGGCGUGUGUCACCCCCAGACGGGACUGUGCGUGUGUCGUGAGGGCACCAUGGGACACCGCUGCGAGACCCGGUGUGAGAGAGGCAUGGGAGGGCGGCUCUGCUCUGUCCGCUCCCUCACCAUUCCAGGCAAACAGCUGUGCCAACCCUCACCGAUCCCUUGCCGAUGCGUACCGGGUUACACGGGAGCCAGGUGUGACAUUUCAUGCACUGCGGAAAAGUGGGGAUCGAACUGCGAGCAAGACUGUACCCACCACUGCGCUGGCGACUGCGACUCAGAGACAGGAAUGUGUGGUGGAGAGGGACCAUCUCAGUGCGCAGGAGGUGAUGCUGGACUGCCUCGUCUUCGUCAGGCUCCCGAAGUGACGGACAUCGGGGAGGACCAGGCGACCGUCGUGUUCUCUGAAUGGCGGGAAGGUUACGACGAUGGGAACGCGACUCUUUGGGACACACUGACAUACGUCGUCAGGCUGACAAGCAACACCGUAAACAACACCGCCGUGGACACCAUUGCCACUGGUUCCCGCCACACGCUGACGAACCUCACGCCCUUCACCAUGUAUAGAGUGACGGUGAUGGUGAUGGUGACCAGGCAUAACUUGACGUGUAUGGCUGAUGGCAGGGGGAGGGAAAGGGUACAUUCUGUUUCCUUCACUACCACUUGUCCUGAAGAGAUCCCAGCGCCGGUCAUUGUUCAAACUGCGAAGACUUCUGACACGAGUGUCUUUGUGAAAUGGAAGCCUGUGCGACGCCCUCCAGGAUGCGACGUGCAGUACCUUCUGUCCGUCAUCCCAGAGACCUCAAAUGGGACAUCAACGCCCUUGGACACUCAGAAUAUCACACUGACGGAGACGCAUAAGGAGGUGCAGGAGCUGAAGGCGAAUGUAGCGUACACCAUCCAAGUUAUGGCUAAAAGUAAAACGUCUUCCCUCUCCGUGUCUGCCUCCUCCUCCACGCGUCUCAAGAUCCACCCAAGAAGUGUAGGACAUGCGAAGACAGUAGGAGUGGUGGUGGCGGUGUUGGUGGUGGCGGCGGUGGUGGUCGUGGUGGUGUUGUGGCGCAGAAGACGACGUCCGUAUAGUAGCGAGUCUGUCUCCAGUCCACCUGAGGAAGUCUCAUCAUCACCACCACAACCACAACCACAACCAACAACAACAACAACAACUUACAUUCUUUCAUGUAGAAUGGUCGAAAUAGAAGGAAAAGAAGAAGAUGAAGAAAGCGGGAAAGAAGGAGAACCAGAAGGAAAAGAAGAAAAAGAGGAAGAAAAGGAAGAAGAAGAAGGAGGAGGAGGAGGAGGAGAACAAGAAGAACAAGAAGAGCAAGAAUGACAACUAGAACAAAAGCAAGAAGAAAAUGUAUUAAGUGCUCUUUCAAUAAAGAUCCAUGAUUGAAAAAUGAACAAAUAAACAAUCCAUUUUCUGAAGAGAGAGAGAGAGAGAGAGAGAGAGAGAGAGAGAGAGAGAGAGAGAUAGGGAGGAAGUAUGUGAAAUGUAAUAGGAACAAAGGGAGUGUGAAUAGGGAAGCGGACAUGAAUAACUGGGUUGAAAUAUAAGUCACGACUUCUACGCAAUGAUAUCUGCCUAUUAAAAUCCUUAUGUAAUGUUGCUCUAGGUAAAAAUAAAGAUAGUAAUUAUA